UUUUACCACUAUGACUUCCUCUUGAGCACAUACCUGUUUCGUAAUACUAACAAGAUGCGUUCCUCAGCUGUCUCUCUCGCUGCCCUUCUGGUUCUCGGCGUCGCACUUGUCCGCGCCGAUUACGGAUAUUCCAGUGGCGGAUCAUACGAUCAGUCGGGAUACUCAUCCGGAUACACAAGUGGAUAUGACCAGACCGGAUACGUUGCCGGAUAUGCCGGAGGAAUUGGUGGAUAUGACGCUGGAUAUGCCGGAGGAAUUGGCGGAUAUGAUGCUGGAUAUGGCGGAUACAGCACAGGAAUGAGUGGAUACGGACACAAAUUAUCCGGAUACGGAUCAAGCGGACAUGGAUACGGACACAAGAAAUCAAAGACCGUAUACGUGCCAUAUGCUGUCCCCACACCAGUUACCGCCCCGGUCCAGCCCGCUCCCCUCCCCAUUGGUCUGGGUCUGGGUCUAGAGGAUAACAAUGACCAAGGAGUUUUCGGAGGAAACGGUGCUCUUUUGGCUCUUUUAGCUCUAACACCAUUCCUUCUGAACGGUAACCUUAACCUCUCAGGUUAAGCGGUUACUGGCGGUUACCUCCCCUGCCUAAAUCACAACAAAAU